AAACGAAUAUGAUGGACAAAUGUUACCAAUAACUAACCAGCUUUUCAAAACAAAAUACUUCUCUGAAUACUACAUCGCUCCACAGAAUAGAGCAGCUCCUUACAUAAUCGGUCUAGCCUUCGGCUACGUCCUAUUCCAUACGAGAGAUAAACAGAUCAAAAUCGGCAAGAUGACCAAUAUCAUGCUCUGGGCUAUAUCUUCUGCAUUGCUGAGUACUGCUAUGUUUGGUUGCCACAUUUUCUACAUGUCGACUCACGAUUACGAUAGAUUCGAGUCCAGCAGUUAUUUGACAUUUUCCAGAUCUGCUUGGACCAUUGGAUUGGUUUGGAUCAUUUGGUCUUGCAUGAAUGGCUAUGGAGGCAUAGUGAAUGACUUUUUAUCAGCCCAUGUGUUCAAAAUUCUGGGGAGAAUCACGUAUGGAAUAUUUUUGAUACACAGCAUUCUUCAACUAUACAAAUGUGGGUCGGCAAAACUAUCGAUGGCAUUCUCUAAUGUCAAUGUGAUUUUUGACGCAUUUGCUGACCUAUUUUGUGUUUUCAUUUUGGCCUUCCUCUUCACUAUUUUCUAUGAGCUACCAUUGAUUCGAGCUGCAGGAUUGUUUUUCAAACCAAGCAAACCAAGUGCACCGAAGAUUCAGCCAUCCAAAUAAAAUUUGAUAAGAUGAUACCUUUCGAGAGAAAUUCAAGUUGAAUUAUU